UCAGCUGGUACUGGAGUUGUGUCUCAGUGAGAGCACAGCUGAACUUGUGAGCAACCUGCCUCACCUGGACAAAAUCCAUUAUUUGACAGAAUACGCUGUACACAAAGAGAGUAAUGAUGAUGAGUUGGAGGCUACAGAGUCUAACUUUGUGGAGUUGGUCCAAACCCUGCUGGAAGACCCGUCUGAGCGGGAGCACUUCUUCCAGGAGGUGUUCCCAGCACACUAUGGCCCUCGGUAUGACACCGCACUGCAGGUACUGGUGUGGGAGUUCCUCUCCAGACUGGAGGAGCUGCUACCUGUACCAGACUUCACACAGACAGCAGCAUGGUUUGGUGAUGCCCCCUCUGUUGUGGAGGAAUGUGGAAGCACCAUCUUUGACACUGAAGAGCUGAAGACUCUUCUGCAGCACCAUCAGCAUCAUGGAAACCUGAAAAGAGGUUAUUUCUCUUACUACACUGCAGAUACCAUCCUGUCCACACUUUCCCUCCCUCCAACAAUAAGAGUUGUCAUUAGCUCUGAGCAGGCCAGCUCUGACAAAACAAGGUCAUGCUCCGAUGGAGAUGAAUGCUUAAAGAAUGGGAUAGAGAGAGAUGCAGAAGGACCAUUUAAUUGGGGCAGAGAUGAGGAGGAAGAGGAUCAUUUUUAUUUAGAGCAACAAGAGCAGAUUAAUGUUUUACCUGCAGAGAAUUCUGGUCCGUGUAUCCCAGUACCCAGCAACGGAUUGAAUAGCGACAUGGAAUCCCAGGUCCUCGCCUGCUCCCUCUGCUCAUUCUCUCACAGUGAUAUGGCAAAACUCCACCAGAACAUCAGGACUAGGCACCAAGGAGAUGAACAGAAGUGUCAAGACUCUGAAGAAUCUGGGACUGAAAACCUUCCCUCAAGCACAACGAUUAUCCCCUAUAGACCCAAUAACAUGACUCUAAGCUGCCCUCAUUGUGGGAAUGUUUACCAAAACCUCAACUCUCUGAAAAAACACAUAAGAAUUCACACAUUUCCAUUCUGUUGUAACCAGUGUGAGAGAAGAUUUUCUAACAGAUUAGGUCUGAAAAGACAUCAGCGAGCUCACACAGGGGAAAGACCAUUCAAAUGCUCUCACUGUGACCGGAGAUUCAUGUGUGCAUAUUCACUCAAAAUGCAUGUACGCACACACACUGGGGAGCGUCCCUACUCUUGCACUAUUUGUGGGAAAACAUCUGUCCAACAUCUAGCAAGACACAUGCGGAUGCAUGCAGGGGAGAAAAACUAUUUAUGUAGCAUCUGUUGUAAGGCAUUCCUUAGCUCAGGAGAACUGAGGCUGUAUACACGAUCGCACACAGGAGAAUGUCCCUACACCUGUGAACAUUGCGGAAGGGGUUUCAAAGCAGCAUGCCAUCUUCAGAUUCAUAUACGAAGAUUUCACACAGGGGAGAGUCCAUACCCCUGCACCCUAUGCACAAAACGUUUUGUCAUUCUCAGGGAACUUAAAAGACACAUGUUAAUUCACACGGGUGAGAAAGGUCACAAGUGCUCCAAGUGUGGGAAGAGUUUUUCUUUAAAGGAAUCUCUGAUAACACAUCUUAAAAGUCAUGGAUUUUAAGACGUUCUAGACAGAUCAUAUUUGCAUAAAGUCUUUCCCCCACAGGUCAGGCGUUAUGGGUGGGUCUUAGAGGGCCUACUGUACCUCUUUUCCCAUCCAAAUAUAGAAAUAUUUAUCAUGUUUUUUUACCCCUUUUUUCUCCCCAAUUUCGU